UUCAUUCUGAGAUCAAAUCCAUGCAUGUUGAUCAUAGCAGGGCUCAUGCUUAACAGUCUCAUAACCUGUAGGCUACUGGGGCAAAAGAGCUCAAUCACCACCAGCGCCUGCUGGUAGAAGGGCCGAUCAACCGCGGGACCCCAACACCAACGCAACCCCCCAAGAGCCUGCUGAGUCAGCCCCGUCGCGUCUUCCCAAUCAUCUCGCGUCAACACCAUUAAAGCAAAAGAAUGAGUUGAGGCUCGUAGACGGUUUGCUGUGGACUAGGAAGGAAGAUAAUACAGCUAGACAAUGGUCAUGACUCCGUCGUAGGAUGCCUUCCCGCUCCCUCCUGCAUCAUGAAUUCCUCCGCCCUCCCUUCCACCUCCACCUCCACGGCCAAGACCCCUCACACCUCUGGCCCCGUCAGUAAGUUCCGUUGCCUAUUCUCCCAUGACAUCAGACGCAAAGCAAAACGGUGGCACGAUGGCUUCCUCCGUGUUCAUUCAUUCAACAAGCGGGUGAUGGUUUAUGAUACCCAAAACAAUUUCGUGGGUGAUCUACAUUGGCGGGAAGGAGAGGAGCCGAACGACGGCGAUGAAUUGGAACUGGAGCGAGGAGUCCUCGUGCAGGUCGGCGAGUGUGUGGAGAAGACCCAGACGGACUUGACAGAGCUACUAGAGAAGAGGAGCCAUGCGUCUGCUACCUAUCCGGCAAACGCGUUCUCGCCAGAGGCCUCCUCUCGGUUAGCGUUUGCUAUCAAUAGUAAUAAUGCGGCACUGAACUCGUCGGGACGGCUGAAGUCGCUGAACGAGCUGUUGGGUAUCAGAAAAACGCCAAUUGGAAGGGCUGCCUUGCCGUCAAGGUCACCUUAUGAGGAACGACAUUGCAUCGUUCGUCCCGACGACAGAUGUGAUACCAACGCUACGGAACGCGCUCCAAAGAGGCAGAGAGUAAAUACCCGUGAGCAGGGAAGAGAUCUCGAUAGGCCAUCACGACAGCACCGGCUUCGUGACUCCAUAUCAUAUUCCUCCGUGUCAAGUUCACUCGCCUCAUUUAAGCCAGCAAGCGAUUUGGCGUUGAACAGCGCCUCCACAUCAUCCAAAUCUUCGUCGAGGGAGACGCCCAACACUACGAAAAAUGGGGACAGGUCGAAAUCGCAAACCACCAUCGAUUUGACUAACCAGACUGGAUCGGUCAAUACGCUCAGGAUGACUAUCGAAAAGCCUCGAAAGAAACUAAUGUAUAAGGACUUAAUCCCUGCACAGGCAGGCCGACGGCCAACACCCAGACCUCAACAACGCUCAGCAGAGACUCCGAGCAGUAGAGUACGAACGCAAAGAGACAGUCGACCCCAAUCACUCAUCGAUGACGUAGACCCAGCCGCUGAAAUCGAAAAUAUCCCUCCUACCGGCCCCGGCUUCACGUCUCCCUUAACGGAGAUAAAUAGUACGAUCCACUUCAUACCAUCAACUUCAACCCUACGUGCCCUGCAGGAAUCGGAUUCUGCACUACCAUCCUCUCAAAGGACGAAACCCAUAGACCAGUUCUUCAAGCCAAGUUGCCAGCAACAAGCACCGCCUAUUGCGACAAUGAAGGCGCCAGAAAAUCCUUCUCCAAGCCCAGCGGUUGAAACACCGCAAACCACCACGGGCCCCACUACGAGCACUACUACGGAACACCCUCCCUUGAUAUCCCCUGACAGACCUCAAUCCCAUCACCGCCCCUUUACUCGCAGCCACUCAGAUAGGAUUCCAUCACUACCCCAAACUAAAAAUUCCUCCCAUCGCCCACCACCCGCUCAGCAUAUACACCCCCACAAAUCAACAAUAAUAAAACUAUCCGAAACCCUCCCGCUCCCGCUCCCCCUACCCACCACGCAACCCGCUCUGGCUGAAAGGAGCGACCCACCACCACCAUCCCCUGAACUAAAGUCCGCGGCUCCUCCCCCACCAAAACCCCUCCAGAAGGCUCUCUCAGACGCAUCAACUGUCCUAGGAAGAACAACCACGUCUAGUACAACAGCAGCAGUACCAGCACAGACGGCCCCACGCACCCGCCAGAGCCUCCUUGCCCCGAAGAGGAACCAGCACGUUGCCACUUGUGUAGAUGUCGACGAGGAGGAUCAGGGGCCGUGGACGGAGGAGGCGCUUGAUUUGUUUGAUUGGUGGCCGCCUGGGCGGGCGAAGCCGGAGCGGAAGGGGGAGAGGGUUGGUGUUGGUGGGUGAUGAGGUUGAGAGGUUGGGGAGUAUGAAUCUUAUCAUUUAUUUCUUCAGUUUUCUCAUCUGUGUGUUUUUUUAUAUGCUAGCUGCCUAACAGUAGACGAGACGGGCGGUUUCGGUCCCGUUUUAUGUUUUUUUUUAUUUGAUUAUUACAUGAUACAUGAUUAUGUCUUUUUGGCAUUUGAUUAUAUAUUAGAUAGAGGAAUGGAAUAGUACGGGAUUAAACUUGAGUCAAUGGAAAUUUACAUACAUAGCUAUGGCUAGUCGAGUGAUCUGAUUAAAUCGUAUGGACGCGGUCCUCUCAUCGUCUAUGUCCGGAAUCAUGGCAAGCGAAUCCCACGCCCUAAGGUUUCAACAAAUCAUACAACCCCCUCACCGUGCCCCGCUGGUCAGGCACAGAGCACAAAACUCUCACACAGACAAUCGUAUCAAACACCCCCUGGCCCCGUUGCACUAACCCCCCCACCUCCUCCCCUCCCAUAACCCACGCCUCCGUAUCCGCCAACAACCCCUCCCUCCCCAGCGCAGGGUACAGCUCCUUCCGCUCCGCCGAACACGGCAGGAUUUGAUAUUUCCCGUCGAGCCCGCACGCCUCGAUCUUCGCCAUGAGAUCCUUGUGCAGGCCCUGGCAGGGCUCGGCGCCGUACAUGCGGAUUAGGUUUGAGUUGGUGAAGAGGGGCGUUUGCGUGCCGGUUCCUGGACCGAUGUCGAGGACGAUGCCGUCGGCUGUGGCGAGGAGGGGCGGAAUCAGGGCUGAUGAGCCGACGCGGGGGGCUUCGACGGGGUCGCGGGCGCCU